AUGGACUUUAUAAAUGAGAAGUAUGCUGUGAUUCCAAUAACUUUGAGGGUAAAAUUAUAUCUUUAAGAGAGAGUGAUGAAGAAAUUCAAAAAAAUAUGGCACCAGAAAGUAAUUCAUUCAUUGAAAGAGCUAAAUUUUUGUUGGUAAAUGGUUAAAAUUUCUAAAAAAUGUUUGUUGCAAAAAAUAUUCAUGAAUGUUUGUCGGAUUCUAAAGGGGCAUAAUAAUUACUAGAAAUAAUUGCAAAUUAAUUACAUUCAUUGCAUGAUGAGUCCUUAAUUAAAUAAUACAUAAAAGCUGUGAGUGAAAUAUUCAAUAAAAUCUAAGUAUUAAGAAUUAACAUUGUUAGAUAACUAAUUAAAUGAAAUAGUCUUAUAGUGAUAUUUGCUUCAAUAUUUUUACAAAGCAAUAUCAAUAAUAUGAGAUCAUUAAUUCUUGUGCAGAAAUAUUAAAAUAUUUAGAUGAUUUAGAUAUUUAUAAGGAAGGAUUAUAUCUUGAGACCGAUAAUCAAAUGUAUCAAAUUCUUAAAAUAAUUGAAAUUUAUUAUCACAAAUUUACACCUGAAUUAAAAAAAUAGGCUCACCUUUAAAUUAAGUCAAGUAUGAAACAUAAAGAUGAAAGAGUCCGUAAAAUUAUUUCAGAAAUACUAUUAAGUAAUCAAUAAUUAUUAAAAUCCAUAUUACAUGAAUUUGAUUGGAUUGAUAAAUUUACAACAUUAAUUUAUGAUUAAUCAAAAGAUGUUAGAAUGAGUUCAGCCAAAUUUUUUUUAGCCACUUAUGAACUUAAUGAAGAUAUUCAUAAAUCAAGAUUGCUUCUUCUGUUAGAAAAUAUCAUUAGAUAAUUAGAUUCAUCUUAAUUUGAGUUUUGUCAGUUAAUUUCAUAAUAUGUAUAAUAAAUAAUUAUAUUUAUAUUAGAGUUUAAACUCAGAUAAUUUAUAGACUAUAUUUAUUGAAAAGAUAACUGAAAUUAUUUAUAUAAGUAAUGAGAAUAUGUUCAGAUUUUUAGAAUCAUUACACAAUUAUUAUCAAAUAAUUAAAUAAUUUAAUGAAAAACAUUCAAUUUUAAUAGACGAACUAUUAAUAAAUUCUAUAUAAGUCCUUUCUGAAGAUAUGAGAAAUUAUGAUAUAUUUAAGUGCUUGUCAAAUUUAUUUUCAUGUUUAUCCCAUGAUAUUUAAUUUAAAGUAAUUCAAAAAUUAUUUGUUAAUUUUGAGUUAAAUUAGAUUAUAUUUAUUCCUUAUUUAUCUGAAAUUAUUGUAAAGGCUACAUUGAUAAAUAAAAAUAAAAUUUGGCUAUAAUAACUUUAAUCAAUAUAUGAAACUUUUAAGAAAAAUGUUUUUUUAUAUGAAACAAAAGGAUUAUGGAAUGAAAUAUCAAAUAUGAUAGAUACAAUGAUAAUAAUAUCAAGAUUGUUAUUUUUAUAGAAGGAUUUUUUAUAGUAAUGUUUAAAAAUGAGUCACAUGGGUUCAAAAUUCAUUAGAGAUAAAAUAAUGAAUAUGUUAAUAGAUAAAAUUAUUGAAUUAGACACAUUAGAAAGUAGGGAUUCAAUAAUACAAAAUUAUUUAGGUUUUAUUAAUCAUUAAAAUUACUAAUUAAGAUAAUUAUCGAUAGAAUUUAUAAUUAAAUUAUGUCAAUAAAGAUCGAGAAAGUUUUUUAUAUCAAAUAAUCUUAUUAAUGUUUUAUAAUUAUAGUAUGAUCCUGUUGCAUUAGUUAGAGCAAAGAUUCCAAGAUUGCUAUUUGAAAUAAAGUUAUUAUUUUGGAAUGAUGAAAAGGAAAUCCUCAGCAGAAUUACUUAAAUAUUCUAAAACUUGAUGAAUGAUAAGAAAUUCUACAUAUAAUAAGUACAUGCUUAUAUAAUAAGAUUUCCAAAGACUAUUUGGUCGAAUUAUCAAAUAUUUAAUAUUCAAAUGCUUAGAAAACAAUUGAACAAAACUAAAUAAUGAAUGAAAGAGAGUAAUAAGAAUAUGCAAAUUUAAAAGUAUAUAGAAAUUAUAUUAGGUAAUAAAAUAGCAGUUGUUACUAAAUCCAAAAAAUAUUAAAACUGAUGUAAGUAAAUCAAGAAAUUAAACUCCUACAUCAAGAUUACCACCUCUAAACAAAAGAUAGAAUAAUUUCUUAUAAAUUCCAAAAGGUGUGUAACCUAGAAAAACAUCUGCUUAAAGAACUAUUUAAUCAAAGUCUCCACAACCCUUUAAAUGA